AUGACAUGUACGUGUAUGUGUAGAUAACCAAAACUUAAAGAGUAUAUGUUUAUCUCUCCUUCAUUUCUUAAGAACUUUUUAUGCCCCAGAGGUAAGAGAACAGCUGCAAGGGAGAAAGAAACGAAAAGCAAGUGGGACUCAUGAACCAUGGUUGGGAUCCAAUUUUAUUUUUGAUCAUCUCUUUGGAUAGAUUUAUGACCGUGUGCUUUGAACACAACUGUCUUGAAUAUUUGUUAAUGCUCUAUUUCCAUGACUUGGUAAGGAAAUGACAAAUGAGACCUCUGUGACGGAAUUCAUUCUCAAGGGCUUCUCAGACAUUCUUGAACUGAGGCUCAUUAGCACCGCAUUUGUCCUUUUCAUCUAUCUCUUUGCCCUCCUGGGGAACAUCUCCAUCAUCGCAGCUGUGACCAUAGACAGCUGCCUGCACACCUCCAUGUACUUCUUCCUGAAGAAUCUGUCCUUCUUGGACAUGUGCUAUACCUCAGUCACCAUCCCCAAGGCACUGAUGAACUCACUCAAGCGCACAGGAGUCAUUUCUUUUUGGGAAUGUGUUGCUCAGCUCUUCUUGUUUGUAAUGCUGUGUGCAUCUGAAUGCUUUUUGCUCACAUCCAUGGCGUAUGACCGCUGUCUGGCCAUUAACAGGCCCCUUCUCUAUGGGGUUAUUAUGAGCAGAAAGCUGGGUACAGAGCUUGUCAUUGUAGCCUGGUUGAGUGGAGCUCUCUAUGCCACCUUCCACACAAUUAACACAUUUUCCCUCCUGUUCCGUGGGCCCAAUGUCCUUGAUCAUUUCUUCUGUGAUAUCUCCCCCAUCAUGAAACUCUCCUGCAGUAACCCCCAUAUCAAUGAGGAAGUUGGAUUUGCAGUGGGAGGGUGCAUCAUUCUCGGUGCCUGUGCCCUCACCAUAAUCUCCUAUGUUCUCAUCAUCUCCACCAUCAUUCACAUCCGCUCUGCUGAUGGCCGUUGGAAGGCUUUCUCCACCUGCUCCUCUUACCUGGCCACUGUCAUUCUGUUUUAUGUCACCGGGAGCUUUGCUUAUCUGAGGCCUGCUUCCCAUUACUCUCCUACUCAAGGACGGCUAGUGUCUGUGUUUUACUCCAUCCUCACACCCAGCCUGAACCCUGUUGUCUAUUGUCUGAAAAACAAAGACAUGCAGGUGGCCCUGAAAAAACUAUUUGCUCUGUCCAAAUAG